GCAUGGAUAUUCUGAAAAUGUGCAUUGUAAGGGAGGUUUGGAGACCGAAUUUGGGAAACACUGCUCCAGUUCUUGAGACAAACACCCUGGUGCUGUAUGCAGUGUUGUUGAUCGCUGCACAGCCUCCACCUCCAGGCCCAAAUCCCAGCGUGCUACAAUCGUAUCUCUAUUUGAUCCAGCAAGAUACAAGUUCUACAGCUUUGUUGGGAAACAGCAGGACCGGUCUGUCCACUUUGAGUAUGGUUUGCCUCGUUCCUGCUGCAGGGAUGAAGGAACUUAAACCUGUUCAACGAGUUUGUCAAAAAGAAAGAAAGGAAAAAAAAAGACAAAUUUAUUUUAUAUGUGUGCUUGGUAGGUGUGCGGUCGGACUGCUGGUUGUUUCAAGAUAGUCCCAAUUUUAAGUGGUCACCGAGGCUGGGGGUUCAGGAGCUGUCUCUCAAGAGCAUGGCAACAUCUAGAUGGUUAUAGCCUAGAAUCUGUGAGCAAGAAGUGUGGCUUUUCCAGGCAGCAAUAUGGCCAAUGACAGCUUUAGCGAAGCUCUGCACAGACUAAAGGAGAUCCAUGACAAAGAUGUGUUAGGAAUGCAGGUAAAACUUACAGACCUGACAAUGGAGAAAUGCCGGGACUCACAAAGGAUCGAGGAGCUGUUUUCUAAGAAUCAUUUACUGCGGGAACAGCACAAAGUACUGAACGAAAAUAUUAAAGUGCUUGAGAACAGGCUGAGAGCCGGCCUGUGUGACAGGUGCACAGUGACACAAGAACUGGCAAAGAAGAAGCAACAGGAAUAUGAGAACCGUCAUUUUCACAAUCUGCAGCAAAUCUCUGCUCUCACCAAUGAAAUAAAUUUGUUGAAGGAAGAAAACAAGUCUCUCCUUGAGGAGCUGAAGAAAAUCAAAUGCUUGGAUGAGAGGAACAGAUCCAGAAGUAACACACCUGAAAAUAAGUCCACUACAGAUGGACAGCACCCUGUAAUCUCUCCUGCAAAUCAGAAAAACAGCACAGAAAAACCAAGCAAACAUGGGGAGACCCCAGAAAAUGUGUCCAUUCAUCAGAUGUCAGAAGAAACGUAUGCAGCUGUGUUAAGACUGUCUCCAGCAGUGAAGCAUUUGCAGACGAUCGGUAAUGAAGCUCACCAGGUUGACAUGAACAUGCAGAAAGUGCUACUAAAUACACAUAGUCAGCAAAGAAUCUCCAACCAGCUUCAUGGAACUAUCGCUGUUAUGAGACCAGGAGCCAAAAGUGGACAAACCGCAACAUCAUCGUCCCUUCACAUGCAUAACUCAAACAAUGAAUCACAUUCUAAAGAGAGAUAUGUGGAAUCUUGUGAGGUCCCUUCCCCUCUUGAUUCUUUGAAGCAUGUCAUCCCAGAGGAACAUCUCAGCCUUCUGAGACAACACCUUGCCCAAAAGCGCCUUGCACAACGUGGUCCAGGAGCACCAAGUGAUGGGCCUGCACGUUAUUUAUUAGCUAAAAAUCGCGAUGCUGUGUUAGAAAUGAAACGUUCUGAAGACGAAUGGGAGGAAAAGGCAGCGAUGGCAGAGCUCCAGAGUGCUGUAUUAUAUGUGAGGGAGCAAGGUUACAAAAACAGAAUAAAUCAGACCAAGCAAAGAGAAAAGCUUCAUUACAUUUUAACCAAGCGGAAUCAAGUACCUAGAACACCAAAUUCACCAACGAGUGUCUCAAAAUGUCUUCUAAGGGAAAACCAUGAAGAAAGGGAACUGUCACUCAUACAGGCUUUGCAUGCAGGUUGGAAGAACAGUAAGCGGUUAAGUAAUCAGGAAGAAGAGGAAGACUGGGAAGAGAAAGAACCAGAGAGGAGAGAACAUGUGGAGGUAGACACUCCAGAUAAGCCACUUGACUUAUCCGACACCAGAAAAGCGCAGCACAGCAACAGGAAUGAUCUUAAGAGAGAACAGAAGCAUAUCUAUGAAGCACAAAAUGCAAGCCCAAUGUCCAGAGAUAAUACCUCCCCUCCCAUCAGGGCAUCAAGCUCUGACCAGAUACAUGAAAAUAUGGUGGAAGACAUGAUAUUGGUGACUAAAAGUGAACAAGAGCAGAAUACAGAUGAAGAAGUACAAGAUGAAGUGAUUGAUUUCAAUUCUGGCUCAGACAUGGAAAGACAUUUAAGUACCACUAAUAUAUCAACAAAAGGACACAAGAGGUGUUUGGAAUUGGAAACAGAUGAAGAGGAAGAACAAGUGAGAGUUUCUCUGCACCACAGCAUGGAUGAAGAAUUGGACACAUCGGGGAGUGAGAAAGAAAUGGAACUAUCACAGCAAACUCAGCCAGACAUUUCCAGAGCCAGUUAUACAAAUGAAAGAAAUCCAGUCAAAGGCCAGUGGAAAAAGAAAUCAUCUCAAGCCUCUAAGAAAUGGCUGAGGAAAAAGAAAAGCCAAGAGUUGCCAGCAGAGAGCGACACCUCCCAAGAAGACAAUGUUAUAAGCAAAGACAUCGCAUAAAGAGACUGGAAUGAGUGACAAGAGAGUGGUUAGAUUAAUAUUAUAGGAUAUACUGUAUAUAUAUAAAUUCUAAUAAAGUGAGCGUCACAGAGUAAAACAGCACUUGGCCCAUUGGAAUAAUCUGUUACGCUGGCAUAGACUAUGCCACCCCAUAUUACACAGAGCUCAGUAGUUAUGUUUCUUGGAUUAACAAGGCUGAAAUCCUUUGCACAGUGGAGCACGUAGAGAUUAAAUACAGUACCUUUUCAUAUCUUAUUUAUUUGUUAAAUUGUUAGGCAAUUUUAAUGUUGAUAUAGAGUUUAAAUAUGCACAGAUAAAUGAUUUCCUAUACAAUACAACCCACCCGUGGAAGCCUUCAGAACAGGGUCGGACUGGCCCACGGGGUGCAGGGAAAACCCCAGGGGGCCCCACUGCCUGGGGUCCCUCCUCCUCCUCUGGAAUCUUUCAGAUUAUACACUUGAAUUUUACAUUAUGCAUAUGUUAACUUUUACUGCAUAGGACUAUGUGUAUUUUCUAUAGUGCAUUGCUGUUAUUAAUCUGGUACAUUAGCAUGCAUGCGCUAGCAGUACAGUAUUUAUUAUAUAUAUUAUUUAUCAAGGAGCCCAGACCCCACACCAAAGGUUAGCCAAGCCUAUAAUAAUGGGCCCCUACUACUGCAAUUCCCCUGGAGGGCCCUUCAUGCUCCAGUCCGUCACUGCUUCACAAGGACAAAAAGAGACCAUCCACCCACCCGCCCUCAAGGUCACAAUCUGUGCCAUCACUAUGAGGUGUACAGAACUGUCUCCCCGGCCACCUGUACAUACCUGUAAAAACUGCCAGUUUUCCCAGGGCAGUCUUGAUCUCUGGUCAGCAAAUGGCACAUGGUUUGCAUUAAAUGGGUAGAGUUUGGAUGUAUCUGGGUAGAGUUUUGGAAAGAUCUAUGUAUGGCCUGGGUUGAUGAAGGUUAGAACUAUUUUGUACAGAAUUUCCAAUCAGUAAUCUAUAUAGACAUGCCAAUUCUUCACUAGGUGUAGUUAGAAUCCUCCAUCAUUGCAAUAGACACGAGAAAGUGCUUAUGAUUUUCUUGGCUCAGUAACUCCUCCCUAAUCCGGAUCAUGCAGGGCUCAUUCUGCACAUGCCCAGAACGGGUCUUGCACAUGCGCAGUUCCCUUGCCAUCGGGUUAGACUUUAAGCCAUCAGGCCCCUAGCUAUAUACACAAAGCCCUUUAUUACUGUCAUAAGGGUCAGGCUAUAAAUAAGAUAUUGCAGAGGAGGUAAUUUACGUUGGGCAACAACAUGCCAGUGUCCAUAUACUGCCACCCAUUUAAAGCCUAGAGGCCUAAUUUUAUUACACAUUAUCUCCACACACAGAUGUGCCGAAUCAAGCACACUGGCAUAUAUUUUGGCCACUCUUGGUUUUAGGCAACAAAAUGGCUGCCUCCAUUGUGUGUGAGUAACAGGCAUACGUCAAGAUAUUUUAAAUGUGGACCACUUUACCUCAUUCCUCCUAACCCCCAGGCCUCAUCUCUUGGACACAACCUACACAAUGUCUAAUCAGUAUAAAGAAUAAAUAAAUGUACUCUAACAGUAAGAAAGAACAUAAUGCAUUCUUUAUGCUGUCUGGAAUAAACAGAAGGGACCUCCUGAAAUCCUGCAGCUCCAAGCUAUACAUGCCAACACUACCAACUUUGGGUACAUGAAAAAGAUGGUGUAUGUUGAUAAAAGGGAAGAGAUCUGCAUAAAUCUGGGCAUUGUUUUAGUGGGUUUGUUGUGGCCUUAUUGUCCUACAUUUCUAACAGGGAAUACUGGCUGGUAUGCCUAAGGCUGGGCCUAUAUGGGUUUUCCACACUUCUAUAUAUGAAUGUAAACUGUUCACAGCUUUCUCUGCUGUUUCUGUAUACAGUAAACAUGUAGUACACUGAAAAAAAGGAGAUUUUAUUGAGAUUUUAAUUAGGAAUUUCUGCAUGACUGUUAAAACUGUUUAAUAAAAGAAUGUAGAUGUAUAUGUUCACUUUACUAAUUAAAAUCAGUGUUUUGGGGCAGAACAGCACAGUGACAUACUGUAUCUCUUUGUCCCAUCAUUUCAUCCAAGCAUCAGAGACACAUCUUCAACUGACCGUUUGCUUUCCCAUUUUCCAAUAUGAUGGUUUUAGAGAAAUGUUUUGUCAUGGUUAUAUAAUUAUCCAGUCAUGUAAUUAUAAUAAUGCCUGUCCUUUUGUAAUAUAAUGUUAUU